AUGCUCCCCCAGGCUAGUGUUGUGACCUUCACGAAUAUAGGUAAAAAGACAGAGAUAACCAAUCCAGAAGGACGCCCCGACUUGACGAGUCACGAUACAGUCGAAUCGCAUGAAGUAUUUGAGCCCUCAGAACAAUCUCGUGUUCAAGAAAAGAGACUUUCACAGACCGGGAUUAUUGACUCGAACAACAAUUUCACCCAUGAAAAUGUACUCGAUUCUAUGAGAGAUGUCAGACGUCGGACUGAUGACAUUGUUAAGAAGAAGUGUCCGAGUCAGACAAAACAAAUUGUUAAACGUGCAGAACUCCCACACAGCGGAGGUGUGCGUCGUUAUUCUCCAAUUUGUAAACUACAACCGAGGUCGUCUCAGAAGAAGAAGCAAGAUACACAGAAAGAGCAGAAAACGCUUCCUUCAUAUGCUCAAGACGAUGUGAACUUUUGCGCGGUCUGCUUACGGCGAGACCCAAAAAAACCCUACUGA